CCAAAUUUUCACAUUUUGGUCGAUUUUCACGAAUGGCGUGCCCGGCUAAAUUGGGCCCGGGGCACCGGCGGGCCCGGAAAGUUCCGGAACAUUCAUGAACAUUCGGGACCAAACCGGCCUUGGCUAUAUAACCGCCCCACCGUUUCGCGGCGUCAGAUUCGUUUAGAAACCCGAGCUGUUAACUUGCGAUUUGCGCUAAAACUUAAUCUUCUUUUCAACUUGAUCUACUAAACUUGAAAACAUGCCGGAAGACGUUGAAAUGGGUGAGACCGAGACCUUCGCAUUCCAGGCGGAGAUCGCCCAGUUGAUGUCUCUGAUCAUCAACACGUUUUAUUCCAACAAGGAGAUAUUUUUAAGAGAGUUGAUCUCCAAUUCUUCAGAUGCCUUGGACAAGAUCCGCUACGAGUCUCUUACAGAUCCUACCAGGCUUGAAUCCGGAAAGGAGCUUUACAUUAAGAUUAUUCCGAACAAGGAUGACAGGACAUUGACUGUUAUUGACACUGGUAUUGGUAUGACCAAGGCUGAUCUUGUAAACAACUUGGGAACGAUUGCAAAGUCAGGAACAAAAGCUUUCAUGGAGGCACUUCAGGCUGGAGCUGAUAUUUCUAUGAUUGGUCAGUUUGGUGUUGGUUUCUACUCGGCUUACUUAGUUGCUGACAAGGUGACAGUCAGCUCGAAACACAAUGACGAUGAACAGUAUUUGUGGGAAUCUUCUGCUGGUGGUUCUUUCACGGUCAGGCCCGACCCUGGUGAACCCCUCGGCCGUGGUACCAAGAUCGUCCUUUACAUCAAGGAAGACCAAACUGAGUUUUUGGAAGAGAGAAAGAUCAAGGAUGUCGUCAAGAAGCAUUCUCAAUUCAUCGGCUACCCGAUCAAGCUCCUUGUCGAAAAAGAGCGCGAGAAGGAAAUCAGUGAUGAAGAAGUAGAAGAGGAGAAGGGCGAAGGAGAUGCUGAGAAAGAGAAAGACAAGGAGGAUGAAGAUAAGCCAAAGAUUGAAGAUGUCGGAGAGGAUGAAGAGGAAGACGGCAAAGAAAAGAAGAAAAAGAAGAAGACAAUCAAAGAAAAGUACACUGAAGAUGAAGAACUGAACAAGACCAAACCCAUCUGGACCAGGAACCCCGAUGAUAUCACUCAAGAUGAAUACGGUGAAUUCUACAAAUCUCUUACCAAUGACUGGGAAGACCACCUUGCUGUUAAGCACUUCUCUGUUGAAGGCCAACUUGAAUUCAGAGCUUUACUCUUUGCACCAAGAAGGGCUCCUUUUGAUCUCUUUGAAAAUAAGAAGAGGAAGAACAACAUCAAAUUAUAUGUGAGGAGAGUAUUCAUUAUGGAUAACUGCGAAGACCUUAUUCCUGAAUAUUUGAACUUCAUCAAAGGUGUCGUCGACAGUGAAGAUCUUCCUCUCAACAUUUCUCGUGAGAUGUUGCAACAGAACAAGAUCCUUAAAGUGAUCAGGAAGAAUUUGGUCAAGAAGUGUCUUGAACUUUUUGACGAAUUGGCUGAGGAUAAGGACAACUACAAGAAGUUCUACGAUCAAUUCAGCAAGAAUCUUAAACUCGGAAUCCAUGAGGACUCUCAAAACAGGAAGAAACUCUCAGAACUGUUGAGGUACCACACAUCCGCCUCUGGUGAUGAAGCUUGCUCUCUCAAGGACUACGUUGCAAGGAUGAAGGAAAAUCAAAAGCACAUUUACUUCAUCACUGGUGAGAGCAAAGACCAAGUCGCCAACUCUUCCUUCGUUGAGAGGGUCAAGAAGCGUGGAUUUGAAGUUGUAUACAUGACUGAGCCAAUUGAUGAAUAUGUCGUUCAGCAGAUGAAGGAAUUCGAUGGCAAACAGCUCUUGUCAGUUACCAAGGAAGGACUCGAACUCCCAGAGGACGAAGAGGAAAAGAAGAAACGCGAAGAAGACAAGGCUAAAUUCGAAAACCUCUGCAAAGUUAUGAAGGAUAUCCUCGACAAGAAAGUAGAAAAAGUAGUCGUGAGCAACAGGCUAGUAGAUUCCCCUUGCUGUAUCGUCACAUCGCAGUACGGUUGGACGGCGAACAUGGAAAGGAUCAUGAAAGCUCAGGCUUUGAGGGAUACCUCGACAAUGGGCUACAUGACAGCCAAGAAACACCUAGAGAUCAACCCCGACCACCCGAUCAUCAACACCCUCCGCGAGAAAGCCGAAGCCGACAAGAACGACAAAGCUGUAAAAGACUUGGCCAUCCUUCUUUUCGAAACCUCCCUCCUCUCGUCUGGAUUCGCUCUCGAAGAACCCCAAGUCCAUGCUUCUAGGAUUUACAGGAUGAUCAAACUCGGUCUUGGCAUCGAUGAAGAUGAUGUGCCUGUUGGAGAAGAAGAACCCGCCGCUCAAGAGAUCCCUGUCCUAGAAGGUGAAGACGUCUCGCGAAUGGAGGAAGUCGAUUAAAUUUCUUUGAGACUGAUAUCAAUUUAUUCCAAAGCACUUUUUUCCUAAUUAAUCAUUUCCUAAGGAAAUUUAUAUAUUAAUUAAAAUGUGAUCUUUAAAAGAAAGAGAAUCUUAGUGUAAUAAAAUCCCAAGUUCAGUUAAUGUGAUUUUUUUGUACAAAUUAGUUAU